UCGGUAAAUAAUUUGUAAUCCGUUUAUUACCGGUUCGACGCUCUAAUUUCACCUUGACAAGGUCAAUUGUACGUCAGCUUGCGGGUGGAUUUCCAUUUCAUCAAUUUCAAGACUUGUUCUUCGAAACUUGCUAUUGUUUUCUGAUAUUUAUUCCGUUUUAAGUCCACUAAUUUCCAAAAUGCCGAUCAAGUCCAUCAAAGCCCGUCAAAUCUUUGACUCCCGUGGCAACCCCACAGUGGAAGUUGAUCUGGUAACAGAGUUGGGCCUGUUCCGUGCGGCUGUACCUUCUGGCGCCUCUACCGGCGUCCACGAGGCCUUAGAGCUUCGUGACAAUGUGAAGGGAGAGUACCAUGGCAAGGGUGUACUCACUGCCAUCAAGAAUAUCAACAACAUUAUCGCUCCAGAGCUGCUCAAAGCUAACAUUGAGGUCACACAGCAGAAGGAGAUUGAUCAAUUGAUGUUGAACCUGGACGGGACGGAGAACAAGUCUAAGCUAGGAGCCAAUGCCGUGCUGGGCGUGUCGCUGGCCGUGGCCAAGGCGGGCGCGGCCAAGAAGGGCGUGCCGCUGUACCGCCACCUGGCGGACCUCGCCGGCAACCAGGACAUCGUGCUGCCUGUGCCCGCCUUCAACGUCAUCAAUGGGGGCUCCCACGCCGGCAACAAGCUGGCCAUGCAGGAGUUCAUGAUUCUGCCCACAGGUGCCUCCAGCUUCAGCGAGGCGAUGCGUAUGGGCACAGAGGUGUACCACCAUCUGAAGAAGAUCAUCAAGGAGAAGUUCGGGUUGGACUCCACGGCGGUGGGCGACGAGGGCGGCUUCGCGCCAAACAUCCUCAACAACAAGGACGCGCUCUUCCUCAUCCAGGACGCUAUCCAGCAGGCUGGAUACACUGGCAAGAUCGAAAUUGGUAUGGAUGUUGCCGCAUCAGAGUUCUUCAAGAAUGGCAGCUACGAUCUGGACUUCAAGAACCCUAAGUCCAACCCUGCAGACUACCUGCCCGCGGACAAGUUGGCUGACCUGUACCUGGAGUUUAUCAAGGACUUCCCGAUGGUCUCCAUCGAGGACCCCUUUGACCAAGACGACUGGGCCGCAUGGGCCAACCUCACCGCUCGUACCCCCAUUCAGAUCGUUGGAGAUGAUCUCACCGUGACAAACCCGAAGCGCAUCUCAACGGCGGUGGAGAAGAAGGCGUGCAACUGUCUGCUGCUGAAGGUGAACCAGAUCGGUAGCGUCACGGAGUCCAUCGCCGCGCAUCUGCUGGCCAAGCAGAACGGCUGGGGCACCAUGGUUUCGCACAGGUCUGGCGAGACAGAAGACACCUUCAUCGCGGACCUGGUGGUGGGCCUGUCCACGGGCCAGAUCAAGACGGGGGCGCCGUGCCGCUCCGAGCGCCUGGCCAAGUACAACCAGAUCCUGCGCAUUGAGGAGGAGCUGGGCGCCGCAGCCAAGUAUGCCGGGAAGAACUUCCGCAGGCCCGUCUAAACAACCGCACUAUGCACAUAGCACAAUCAAUGUAAACAAUUGGUGCGAUUUUAUUGUUUAUUCAUCUAAUCCGAUGUAGCAUUGGAUAUUUACUUUAAGCGUAAAUGUACACUAUCGACUAUCGCAUUUUAUGUAAAUGUUGGAACUCUGUUUCUGCUUUCGUGAAUGUACUUGAUAUAGUACUAUCAUUAAGGAAAUAAUGUUUGUAGUGUGGAUGUAACUAUUUAUUUAAAAUUUAUAGAUCCUAAUUUUGAAUUAUUUGAUUAAGUGAUAAAUUGUAACUACCGUAGGUAUUUACAAAAUACUAAGUCAAUCGAUGCAUAUUAAAUAUAAACAAAUUUUGUUUACCCUAAUAAAAUGUUAUGUAUCUAGUUAAA